AUGGAUUAUCAUUAUGAACAAACUAGUGAAAUAGAAGCUUUGGAUUCUAUAUAUUAUGGAGACAUGAAAAUUUUAGAGACGGUGCCAUUCCACAAAUUUUGUAUACCAAUUAUGUCGGAGGCCUUUGAAGGUACCGGCGAGGGUCUUGCUUGUCAACUUAUUUUCACAUAUACGUCUAAAUAUCCGGAUGAACUGCCUAUUGUAGAAAUUGAAAAUGAAGAGAACUUUGACGAUGUUGACAAGAAUGAAUUAUUAGAACACUUAAUUGAACAGGGGAACCAAAAUCUAGGUAUGGUUAUGGUUUUCACUUUAGUGUCAGCAGGGCAAGAAUGGCUGAAUGAGAAAUGGGACAGCAUUAAAAAGGAAAAAGAAGAAAAAGUUCUUGCUAAAAUUAGAGCAGAUGAGGAAGCUGAGCAGAAAAGGUUUGAAGGUACAAGGGUGACUGUAGAAUCCUUUUUGGCAUGGAGAAAACAGUUCGAAAGUGACAUGGGCAUUCCAGCUAAGAGGGAGAGAGAAGGAAAAGACAAAAAUAAGCUCACAGGCAAAGAAUUGUUCUUGAGAGAUACCACACUCAAUGAAUCUGAUCUUAAAUUCUUGGAUGAUGGUGAUGCUGUGAAAGUUGAUGAAUCCUUAUUCCAAGAUUUGGACGAUUUGGAGCUUUCAGAUGAUGAUGAGGAUGAUGAAGACUAUGUGCCUGGUCAGAGCGGCAGCGAGAGUGAU